AUGCUGCUGCGCCAGGGCCGGGCGCUGGCACGGGCACUGCCCGCUGUCCCCUGUGUCCCCCUGCCCGCUGUCCCCUGUGUCCCCCUGCCCGCCGUCCCCUGUGUCCGGCGCCGCUGCCACCGCCCGUGUCCCCCGCGGGACCUGGCUGUCCCCAACGCGGCCUGGAGUGACGUCAUGCGGCGCCACUACGGCCACCUGCUGCGCGCGGCCAGCGCCGAGGGCUGGACACGGCUGCCGUCCUUCCGUGUCCCCACUGCCCCCUGUGACAGCGCUGUCCCCGCAGAGGUGCCGGGGCUGGCCGGUGACAGUGACAGGGACGGGGACACGCGGCUGUUCCCGAGGGCCAUCGAGGGCGACGGGGACGGUUUCGAGUUCGCCAUGUUCCUGAAUGUCCCCAAGGGCCGCCUGCGCUGCCUGUGCCAGCCCGGGCCCUUCCUGGAGGGACACCCGGGGCUGACCCACGGCGGUGCCAUCGCCACCCUCAUUGACACCUCCUUGGGGACACUGGCGCUGGCGGUGGCCGGGCGGGUGGUGACAGCCAACCUCAGCAUCGACUACGUGGCGCCUGUCCCCCUGCGCUCUGUGCUCCUGCUCGAGGCGUCCCUGGAGCGCCGCGAGGGCCGGAAACUCUUCCUGGGCUGUGACCUGAGGGACGCCGAGGGGGACACUCUGCACGCCAGGGCCACCGGGCUCUUCAUCCAGCAGGACACCCCCAAGGAGCCGGCGCGGGGUGGGGACAGUGGCCGGUGACUGUCACUGAUGUCACCUGAGCCACCCUC